AUGAGAUCAAGAAGCUCAGUUACCAGCUUCUUGGCACUCCACGUAUUCCUAUUUCAGAAUAUCAGCUGCGUCAGUCCUCUGUAUUUCAAGCUGAAUUUCACUGAAUCGAACCACAAUGGAGUUGCCACAAUCCAGUUCCAAGAGGAUGCCUUCUACAACAAGGCGGUCAGGCUUACCAAGGAAGAGAUGGAUGGCGAGAUUGCUCACAGUGUCGGCCGAGCAGUCUUCAAGGAUCCAGUAACCCUCUGGGAUAGCACCACUGGUCAGUUGGCUGACUUCACAACCCGCUUCACAUUCAUGAUAAAAGCUAACGUUACUGAUGGCUCAUAUGGUGAGGGGCUUGCCUUUUUCCUCUCACCAUACCCUUCUGUUGUCCCCAAUAAUUCCACGGAUGGUAACCUUGGCCUCUUCAGUGGCAGUGCUGAUCAGAGUGGGAUAUCCAACCAGAUCUUGGCCGUCGAGUUUGACAGCCACAAGAACACAUGGGAUCCAGACGACAACCAUGUAGGUAUCAACAUCAAUUCGAUCGUAUCUGCAGCCAAUGUAAAAUGGAAAAGUAGCAUCAAGGAUGGUAGGAUAGCAAAUGCAUGGGUAACUUACCAGGCCAGCUCCAAGAACCUGAGUGUCUUCUUGACCUACAAGGACAACCCACAAUUCAGUGGCAACUCCACCCUAUCUUAUUCAGUUGAUCUCAGAGAAAAUCUCCCAGACAAAGUGGCGAUUGGCUUCUCAGCUGCCACAGGUAAAUUGGUAGAGACUCAUCGGAUACUUUACUGGGAAUUCAAUUCUACUGAUGUGCAGCAGAGGAGUAAGAAGAUCAAAAGUGUACUAGUCAUAAGCUUGGCUACUAGCAUAAGUGGCAUAGUCUGUUCUAUGGGAUUGGUUUGGUGCUUCCUGAGGUUUAGAAAGACUAGGAGGUUAAGAAAGGAGGAAGAAGAGAAGCUAGAAUAUGAUGAGUCCAUUGAUGGUGAAUUUGAGAAAGGGAGGGGUCCAAGAAGAUUUCAAUACAAUGAACUUGUGGCUGCAACAAAGAAUUUUGCAUUGGAGAGAAAGCUUGGAGAAGGAGGAUUUGGAGCAGUUUACCAGGGUUUCUUUAAGGAUCAAAACCUCAACAUUGCCAUUAAACGAGUUGCCAAAGGAUCAACACAGGGCAAGAAGGAGUACAUCUCUGAGGUCAAGAUCAUCAGCAGGCUGAGGCAUAGGAACCUUGUGCAACUUGUGGGCUGGUGUCAUGAGCAUGGAGAGUUCUUGCUCGUGUACGAGUUCAUGCCGAAUAGGAGCUUGGACACACACCUCUAUGACAAUAGUAACAUCCUAGCAUGGCCGUUGCGGUUCAAGAUCACCAUCAGCGUUGCAUCUGCCCUCCUGUACCUUCACGAGGAGUGGGAGCAAUGUGUUGUGCACCGUGAUGUCAAGCCAAGCAAUGUGAUGCUUGAUUCUUCAUUCAACGCUAAGCUUGGGGACUUCGGGCUGGCACGUCUUGUUGAUCAUGACCGGGGCUCACAAACUACAGUGAUAGCUGGCACAAUGGGUUACUUGGCUCCAGAAUGCGUCACCACUGGCAAAGCAAGCAAAGAAUCUGAUGUAUACAGCUUUGGAAUUCUUGCAUUGGAGGUUGCCUGCGGAAGGAGGCCUGUUGUGCUAAAGGAAGAUGAUGAGAAGAUCAAGCUGGUUCAAUGGGUGUGGGAUCUCUAUGGAAGAAAUGAGAUACUUAAUGCAGUUGAUGGAAGGCUUGACGGUGCAUUGGAUGAGCGUGAAGCUGUGUGCUUGAUGGUUGUGGGGCUCUGGUGUGCACACCCAGACUAUAAUUUCCGACCUUCAAUCCGCCAGGUCAUAAGUGUAUUGAAGUUUGAGGCACCAUUGCCAAGCCUUCCAGCAAAGAUGCCUGUGGCAAUGUACUUUGCACCACCAAUCCAUCUUUGCAAGUUUUCAUACACCUCAUCUGAUGGAACACUGAAGGAGCUGGAGGGGUCCAAAAUUUAUGGGAAGACAACAAGCUCGUCUAGUGCAACCAAUGCUUCUAGUUCACCUCCCUCUAUUCAUUUACCACAGAUGGGUUACUAG